UAUUUGAAUAUUAUAAUUUAUCCCCAAAAUUCCUCAUCACCAAAAACUCUAUCCCGAAACUUUUUAAAAUCGAAUAGGAAUCCAUUAGCAACCAUAGAGUAAAACAUCCAUCCAUGGCGGAUCUCGUCGCUGUCAAGACUUUUAUUUAAUUCUGUUUCAAUUAUGAAGCACCUUCAAUGAUUUUGAGUGGGCUUAUAGUGUGGAAGUGAUCGUGUGGUGGCGCGGCGCGUUGCCGGCGAUCCGGUUGUGUCAGCGCCAUGUUCAGCGGAACGGUGCGCGUCAAGGUGUGUGAGGCCACGGGCCUCAGGCCGACUGACUUUCAGAAACGGCACAACAUGACCUUCGGGAAACCAGACGACCAGCCGAUAGACCCGUACGUGUCGAUCGACGCGGACGAGCACCACCUGGACCGCUCCACCACCAAGCCCAAGACCUUCGACCCCGUGUGGAACGAGACCUUCAUCCACGAAGUGCAGAACGUCGCCAGCUUGGGGAUCACUGUAUUUCACGAUGCCGCCAUACCUCCGGAUGAUUUUGUUGCAAACUGCACCAUUCCUUUUGAAGAUUUAACUCAUCGUGAUAAAGACGCCACAGACUUUUGGGUGGAUCUAGAACCUCAAGGAAAACUGCAUCUGAAAAUAGAUCUGAAAUGGAAUUCUCAAGGCUCGGGCGGCGGCGGCGAGGCGGCUCGCGCGCCGGCGCGCGGGCGCGAGUUCAAGGAGGGCGCCGGCUUCGCGCGCCGCCGGGGCGCCAUGCGCCGCCGAGUGCACCAGGUCAACGGACACAAGUUCAUGGCCACCUUCCUGCGCCAGCCCACCUUCUGCUCGCACUGCCGCGAGUUCAUCUGGGGUCUCGGGAAACAAGGAUAUCAAUGUCAAGUGUGCACCUGCGUGGUCCACAAGCGCUGCCACUCGUCCGUCGUCACCAAGUGUCCCGGGAUGAAGGAAGAGCAACACGGCGCCGUGGGCGUAUCGGGCGGGCAGCGGUUCAGCGUGAACGUGCCGCACCGGUUCGUGGUGCACUCGUACAAGCGGUUCACGUUCUGCGACCACUGCGGCUCGCUGCUCUACGGCCUCAUCAAGCAGGGGCUGCAGUGUGAAGUGUGCUCGAUGAACGUGCACAAACGCUGCCAGAAGAACGUGGCCAACAACUGCGGCAUCAACACCAAGGCCAUGGCCGAGAUCCUCUCCGAGAUGGGCAUCUCCCCGGACAAGAACCCGCGUCCCCGGACCUCCAAGUACAACCCCGUGCUGAUGGAGGGCGGCGGCGACGCGGCGGCCGACGCCGACAAGGAGCCGCUCGACAAGCACGACGACAAAGGCAAGCCCCUACCGUCGGCGCCGUUCGGCGGCGGCGACCAUUGGGACGACCUGAAAGACAUAUUUACGUGCUGCGAAGGUGGCGACAUGGCGGGCGCGCGCGACAAGGUGUCGCUGGAGGACUUCACGUUCAUCAAGGUGCUGGGCAAGGGCUCCUUCGGGAAGGUCAUGCUCGCCGAGAAGAAGGGCACCGAUGAGGUGUACGCGGUGAAAGUGCUGAAGAAGGACGCCAUCAUCCAGGACGACGACGUGGAGUGCACGCUGACGGAGCGGCGCGUGCUGGCGCUGGCGGCGCGGCACCCCUUCCUCACGGCGCUGCACUGCGCCUUCCAGACCCGCGACCGGCUGUUCUUCGUCAUGGAGUACGUCGACGGUGGCGACCUCAUGUUCCAGAUACAGCGCGCGAGGAAGUUCCACGAGCCCCGCGCCAGGUUCUACGCAGCCGAGGUGACCCUGGCUCUACAGUUCCUGCACGCACACGGCGUCAUCUACCGCGACCUGAAGCUGGACAACAUAUUACUAGACGCCGACGGUCACUGCAAGCUCGCAGACUUCGGCAUGUGCAAGGAGGGCAUACUAGAUGGAGCGACUACUACGACCUUUUGCGGUACUCCAGACUACAUAGCCCCUGAGAUCCUGCAAGAGCUGGAGUACGGUCCGUCGGUGGACUGGUGGGCGCUCGGCGUGCUGCUGUACGAGAUGCUGGCCGGCCAGCCGCCCUUCGAGGCCGACAACGAGGACGACCUGUUCGAGUCCAUCCUGCACGACGACGUGCUGUACCCCGUCUGGCUGUCCAAGGACGCCGUGUCCAUCCUCAAGGGCUUCAUGACGAAGAACCCUUUGCGGCGGCUGGGCGUGGCGGGCGGCUCGGCCGGCAUCCGCGCGCACGCCUUCUUCAAGGACGUGGACUGGGACGCGCUGCAGCAGCGCCGCCUGCGCCCGCCCUUCCGACCCAAGGUAUGUAGCAAGCGCGAGGCGGUGAACUUCGACGCGGAGUUCACGAAGGAGGAGCCCGUGCUCACGCCCGUGCCGCCCGACGUCGUGCGCACCAUCAACCAGGAGGAGUUCCGCGGCUUCUCGUUCGUGAACUCUGACUUCACGCCGACGCCGGCGCCGGCGCUGGCGCCCGCCAACUGACUCCCCCGCGUACGUGUCGG